GUAGCACUUUGAGAUCUGCUGCUAAUGUAAAGUGCCCUAUAAAUAAAAUGCAUGAUUAUUAUUAUUGCCAUGUUGGCACCAGAGUCAGCGUCCCGUCGAUUCAGAUGGAAGUCUUCCCGUUCGUUGUGCCCCGGGUUGACAACGUCAGCCAAACCUCCGCCAACGUGCUCGUGCCAAGCGAAUGGAAAAACGAAACUGACGGGAUGGCAGCGCUCGGUUUCGGUUUCUCUUCGCCCAGUUAAAUUGCAGCGGCUGCGCUCCGUGCAGUUCAGUCCGAGAUCAUCUCGACGACGGAGCCAUGGCGCCCGUGUGGAACUCCUCUCUCUGGAUGGAUAUGUUCGACGAGCUGCUGGACACGGAACUGGACAAUGACGACCCCUGGACUUUCAACUUUAACUACGGGAUGGAUCCAAACCUGACUGAGCCGGAGAAACGGAGGGGCUGGAAAACAUACCGGCGAGAUGUUCAAGCCGAGUUCACCUGCUCAAACUGCUCAAAAUGGUGGCCAUCGGGUCGAAGUUUGAUUCUGUUCCGCUACAGACGGCGGACCAACGGCAGUGGAACGGUCAUCUUGAGACCACUGAAGCAGGCAUGUCGGAAAUGCCAAGGACCGUAUGAACUCCCUGGCUUUUGUAAGGAAAAGGUCAAAAAAUGCCUUCUUGCUUUAAUCUCACACAUUAAGAAAAACUGCUAUGGUUACAAGAGUUCAAACAGCAACAUGGAUGACAGUGUCAAACCUGUCUGGACAAAGCCACACGAGGUGUCAUUCUGUGAAGCGUGCCGGCUUGGCAUCUGCCGCCAAGAUAGAGAAUGAGGACUAACAUUUGUAAAUGUGUUCAAGUGCCAAAAGCGGCCCAUUUCAGGCCUUUAAAAUUAAAUCUCAUCUUUCA